GACUCCUGGCCCAGGGUAGGCCACCCCCCGCCCCCGCAACACACCCCCAGUCCCUGGUGGGUGUCCCUGGCCUUGGGAGGGUGGCAGUCUCAGACAAGUGCAUGUUUGCUUGCGGACCAGAGCCCAGCGCUGGGGAAAGCCGGAGGCCUGCGUGGAGGAGGCGCCCAGAGCCUGCGGAGCAUGAGCGCCCUAGAUUCUGGCCAUCUGCACUCCAGAUCCAAUGACAGACUGGCUCAGAGGAGGACAGGACACAGCCAGAAAGUGUGACCAUCAGACUUCAAUAACAGUUCCACAGUUUUUGUUUAUUGAGCACCACCAGCUCUAUGCCAGCAGGAGGGCCGACUAUGGACGACUACAUGGAGACGCUGAAGGAUGAAGAAGAUGCCCUGUGGGAGAACGUGGAGUGCAACCGGCACAUGUUGAGCCGCUACAUCAACCCCGCCAAGCUCACCCCCUACCUGCGCCAGUGCAAGGUCAUUGAUGAGCAGGAUGAAGAUGAGGUUCUCAAUGCACCCAUGCUGCCUUCCAAGAUCAACAGGGCAGGCCGAUUGUUGGACAUUCUGCACACCAAGGGGCAAAGGGGCUAUGUGGUCUUCCUGGAGAGCCUUGAAUUUUACUACCCAGAACUGUACAAGCUAGUGACUGGGAAGGAGCCCACCCGGAGAUUCUCCACCAUUGUGGUGGAGGAGGGUCACGAGGGCCUCACGCACUUCCUGAUGAAUGAGGUCAUCAAACUGCAGCAGCAGAUGAAAGCCAAGGACCUGCAGCGCUGCGAGCUGCUGGCCAAGUCCCGGCAGCUAGAAGAUGAGAAGAAGCAGUUGACCCUGACCCGAGUGGAGCUGCUGACCUUCCAGGAUCGGUACUACAAGAUGAAGGAGGAGCGGGACAGCUACAAUGACGAGCUGGUCAAGGUCAAGGAUGACAACUACAACUUAGCCAUGCGCUACGCCCAGCUCAGUGAAGAGAAAAACAUGGCGGUGAUGCGGAGUCGGGACCUCCAGCUCGAGAUCGAUCAACUCAAGCACCGAUUGAAUAAGAUGGAGGAGGAAUGUAAACUGGAAAGAAAUCAGUCACUCAAACUCAAGAAUGACAUUGAGAACCGGCCCAAGAAGGAGCAGGUCCUGGAACUGGAGAGGGAGAAUGAGAUGCUGAAGACCAAGAUCCAGGAGCUACAGUCCAUCAUCCAGGCUGGCAAGCGCAGCCUCCCAGAUUCAGACAAGGCAAUCUUGGAUAUCCUGGAACAUGAUCGGAAGGAGGCGCUGGAGGACCGGCAAGAGCUGGUCAACAAAAUCUACAACUUACAGGAGGAGGUCCGCCAGGCCGAGGAGCUGCGGGACAAGUACCUGGAGGAAAAGGAAGACCUGGAGCUCAAGUGCUCGACCCUGGGGAAGGACUGUGAGAUGUACAAGCACCGCAUGAGUACUGUUAUGCUGCAGCUGGAAGAGGUGGAGCGGGAGCGGGACCAGGCCUUCCACUCCCGAGACGAGGCGCAGACUCAGUACUCACAGUGCUUAAUCGAGAAGGACAAGUAUCGAAAGCAGAUCCGGGAGCUGGAGGAGAAAAAUGAUGAGAUGCGGAUCGAAAUGGUGCGGAGGGAAGCCUGCAUUGUCAACCUGGAGAGCAAGCUCCGGCGCCUGUCCAAGGACAGCGGCAGCCUGGACCAGAGUCUACCCAGACAUCUGCCAGCCACCAUCAUCUCACAGAACCUUGGGGACACCAGCCCCAGGACCAACGGCCAGGAAGCAGAUGAUUCUUCAACUUCAGAGGAGUCCCCCGAAGACAACAAGUACUUCCUGCCCUACCACCCACCCCGGAGGAGGAUGAAUUUAAAGGGCAUCCAGCUGCAGAGAGCCAAAUCCCCCAUCAGCCUGAAGCAAGCAUCCGAUUUUCAAGUCAAGGGGCAGGAAGAGGAUUUCCCGGAUGGCAGCCCCAGCUCCUCCCGAUCACUGCCUAUCACCAGCUCUCUCUCAAAGAUGCAGCCCCAUCGGAGCCGCAGUAGCGUCAUGUCAAUCACCCCAGAGCCCCCGGGAAACGACUCCAUCGUCAGACGCUGCAAGGAAGAUGCUCCACACCGAGGCACACUGGAGGAAGACAUUGACAGCAGUGGGUUUGAUGCCUUAGACCUUGACGAUGACAAUCAUGAACGCUACUCCUUUGGACCCCCCUCCAUCCACUCUUCCUCCUCUUCACACCAGUCAGAGGGACUGGACACCUAUGACCUGGAACAGGUCAACCUCAUGUUCCGGAAAUUCUCUCUAGAAAGGCCCUUCAGGCCGUCGGUCACGUCUGGAGGUCACAUGAGAGGCCCGGGGCCUUCGGUCCAGCACAUGACUCUAAAUGGCGACGGGCUCAUCACCCAACUCACCCUCCUGGGCGGCAACGCACGCGGGAGCUUCGUCCACUCUGUCAAGCCGGGCUCGGUGGCCGAGAGGGCAGGAUUGCGUGAGGGCCACCAACUACUGCUGCUGGAAGGUUGUAUCCGAGGAGAGAGGCAAAGUGUCCCUUUGGAUGCGUGUACAAAGGAAGAGGCCCGUUGGACCAUCCAAAGGUGUAGCGGCCCAGUCACCCUGCACUACAAGGUCAACCAGGAAGGGUACCGGAAGCUGCUGAAGGAGAUGGAGGAUGGCGUGAUCACAUCAGGAGAUUCAUUCUACAUCCGGCUAAACCUGAACAUCUCCAGUCAACUGGAUGCCUGCACCAUGUCCCUGAGGUGUGAUGACGUGGUGCAUGUACGAGACACCAUGUACCAGGACAGGCAUGAGUGGCUGUGUGCGCGGGUUGACCCCUUCACAGACCAAGACCUGGAAAUGGGAACCAUCCCAAGCUACAGCCGGGCUCAACAGCUUCUCCUUGUGAAACUACAGCGAUUGAUGCACAGGGGCAAUCGGGAAGAAGCAGAUGGCACCCACCACACACUGCGCACCCUCCGGAACACCCUGCAGCCCGAAGAGCCUCUUUCAACCAGCGACCCUCGGGUCAGUCCCCGCCUCUCCAGAGCCAGUUUCUUCUUCGGCCAGCUCCUGCAGGGAGACAAGAUCCCAGAGUUGAUUAUCAGAGAGGUCUCCUCCUCCUCAGACAGGCCAGAGCUGGACCCGGAGAGUGAUCUCAGCCGGAACCUCAGCCUGAUCCCCUACAGCUUGGUGCGUGCCUUCCACUGUGAGCGUCGCAGGCCAGUGCUCUUCACACCCACCAUGCUGGCCAAGGCGCUGGUGCAGAGACUGCUCAACUCAGGGGGUGCCAUGGGGUUCACCAUCUGCAAGUCAGACAUUGUCACAAGGGAAGAGUUCCUCCGAAAGCAAAAAACAGAGACCAUCAUCUACUCCCGUGAGAAGAACCCCAACACCUUUGAGUGCAUUGUCCCCGCCAACAUUGAAGCUGUGGCAGCCAAGAAUAAACACUGCCUGCUGGAGGCCGGAAUCGGCUGCGUGCGUGACCUGAUCAAGUGCAAAGUCUACCCCAUAGUUCUCCUCAUCCGGGUGUCUGAGAAGAACAUCAAACGGUUCAGGAAGCUGCUGCCCCGGCCAGAGACCGAGGAGGAGUUCCUGCGUAUGUGCAGACUGAAGGAGAAGGAGCUGGAGGCACUGCCCUGCCUGUAUGCCACGGUGGAGGCUGAUAUGUGGAGCAGCGUGGAAGAACUGCUGCGCAUCCUCAAAGACAAGAUCAGCGAGGAGCAGCGCAAAACCAUCUGGGUGGAUGAGGACCAGCUGUGAGCCCGUCCACCAGAGGCUCAGCCUCUAUGACAACAGAGCCACCAGAGGCCACCAGGUCACAGGGUCAGGCCCUACUGGUGUAAGGAGAGAUGGGCAAGCCCAGGACAGGGGCCCGUGGCCAGCAGCCCCUCUGGGGCCAAAGCAGCGUUGAAUGUAUUUCGUAGGACAGGUGCAGGAGGCUACCUGUAGGGCAGGGCCUCCCACAGCCAGAGUGGCUGCCAGCACAC